AUGGUAAACGUAUCCCAGUCACAGUCGAAUAUCACAGAAGUGCAGACUGAGGCUUCACUGCGGAUAAUUAUUAUUUCUACCAUGUCUACAAUUCCAUCUUUCAUUUUUCUCUACAUCAAUGGUGUGAUGCUGUUCACUCUGAGGAGUAAGCCGGUGUUUUGUGACACCUGCCGUUACAUCUUUCUGUAUAACCUUCUUCUUGCAGACACUGUUCAGCUGGCUCAGAGUCAGGUUCAGUUCUUACUCUCUGUUUGUAAAGUAAAGUUGGCAUAUUCUUUGUGCACUGCUCUCAGCAUGCUCGCCAAUCUCACGACUGGGAUUUCCCCCCUCACUCUGGUAGUAAUGCCUUUGGAGAGAUAUGUAGCUGUGUGCUUCCCACUGAGGCACGCUUCCAUCAUCACCGUCAGAAACACAACCGUGACUGUCGUUGCCAUUUGGGCUGUGAGUUCACUGAACAAUCUCACCCGUGUUCUCUUGUUUUUACAGUUUCCAUUUAAAGAGGCGGAGAGGUUACAGAUUAAAGACCUUUGUUCCAACAUAGCUUUAGCUCUUGGCUCUCUGACUGCGGAGUAUGACAAGGCUUACACUUGUGUUCUGUUUGUAUCAGCUGGUGUGGCUGCCACCUUCUCCUACAUCGGUGUCAUCAUCGCAGCCAGGUCGGUCUCCACGGAUAAAGCUUUAGCUCGUAAGGCUCGUAACACACUUCUACUGCAUCUGGUGCAGCUGGGCCUCAGUUUGUCCUCAACCAUUAAUAACCCAUUAAUCAUAGCUCUGUCAAAAGUUCUGACAAGGACAGCCUUUCUGUGGGUCCAGAAUAUUUUUUACGUUUGCUUUAUAAUUUUCCCCAGAUGUCUGAGUUCUCUCAUUUAUGGGCUGAGAGAUCAGACUAUCAGACCUGUUCUCGUGUACCAUCUUUUUUGUAACCUGAAGGCUAAAAUCAGUGGCUGA